AUGAGUGGAUUUGGGGCAGGAUUUAAGUGCAACAAUAUUGUGUGGGAAGUGCUCAAGGACUUGGAUGAUGCCAAUGUUUGGAAAGACUGCAUAGACAGCUACCCUCCUAAUACCCUGGUCAAUCCAUUCAAGGAGAAGUCUAGUUGGCUCAAUGAUGAAAUUCUAAACUUGAGCAUCUCCAGCGCAGCCCAGGCUAGGGGGGAAAGGCUGCCAGAGGCAGCCCGAGACAGCUCCAGCGCAGGGCCCGUAGCCCGGUUUGGUGGUGGGUCCCACGUGCCCGAGCAAGCCCAAGGGCAAGUCUUGCCCAGGCUGAAGCCCGAGUUGGCUGACGUCAGCGCUGGCGUCACGCUGACGUCAGCGCACAAUUAG